UUUGACCACCAUUCUCAACAUGGCACCAUUCCUAAACUUGAUCAUCCUUUCAUUCAAUGGCCGCAACUCAUCCAUCACCAACCUCUUCAUCGCCUUCAGCUCGUCUUUCCUACGACGACUUUGAAGCCGCCAUCAAGUCCUUCCUCGAACAAGCAAAACACCACUCGCCCUGGGGAUAUGUUGAGUAUCACGGGCCUACCGCCACAGGGAUAUCUCGCAAUGACACAGGUCGUCCAUGACCGUCAAGCACCGCAUUCUUCUGCUCCCAAGUCAAGGCUGAACACCGUCAGCGCUGCAGAUCAAUUGCUUUUGGAUAAUCUGACUGAGCACUUGGAGGACAUUCCAGACGAGGAAGAGAUCACUGUAGUAUCUUUAGACGACUCUCAGGACGUCUCGUGCAACUUUUUGACAGUGACUUAUCACAUCGUGUUUUCACCGAGCUAUCAGGUCCCUGUGCUCUACUUCAACGCCUAUCGUCCAGACGGCGUUGCCAUCCCAAUCGAGGAUAUUUACCGGUCGCUUGUCCCUGAGGAUUGGCAGAGCAGCAUCAGAGACGCUGGUCUGAACGGGGGUAUCUCACAACAAGACCAUCCUAUUCUGAACGGGCCGUUCUUUUACAUGCAUCCCUGCGAGACCGUGUCAUUGAUGGAAACGAUCCUCAGCGACCAGACAUUCCACGAGUCCAGGAGGUCGUUCCUUGACAGCUAUAUCACCACAUGGCUUAGCUUGACGGGUCAAGCUGUUGGUGUCACCAUCCCUUCUGGUGUUGUCGCGCACACAAUCUGAGUUGAGUCCGAGAAGAGGUGUUGCGUGGCUGUGUGACAGACACAUUCUAUUACACUCUAUUACAU